UUUUUGUUGUGACUUCUAAAUUGGCUCAAGGCUGGGCUGCAGCUCUCACCUUUACGACGUAACGACUUAAAUUUAGAAGGGUGGGUCGAUAUAGUAGCCACGGUGGAGUCGGGUGGACCUGACGGAGUCCUUAAGUAUAACUACGGCGUGCACGACAGAAGACUUGUACAAUCAUGAAACGUCUGUUCCCCAAGUCAUCCAAGAAUGCGACUCCGAGUUCUGCCAAAUAUUCUGCUCCUGAGCCGCCAAUGGCUGGUCGUACGGCGACAGCACUCCCCGCGGCUACCACUGUUGGUCUGCAACCGAACUAUGUCGUUCCUCCAGUUCCACACCCCAAUCCUCACGAGCACAUUACGUUGCUUGCAUCGGAGGAUGGUCUGCUCAUGCGUCCGCACUGCGCAGGACUGCCUUACCCCGUGUCAUAUGUUCGCGUGUCAUGGGGCAAGACAACACACAUAGCAGAACUGCCCAGCGAUCGUGGAAGGCCUUCUGUUGAUUGGAAAGAGGGUGUGGUCAUCUAUGGGAUUGUGGGCUUAAUGACCUUGUUCAAUGCCUCAUACCUCUUGGUCAUAACGUCUCGAUCUGACGUCGGGCAAUUGUUUGAUGCCUCACACCUGAUUUAUGGGGUGAAAAGUGUUGUAUCCAUACCCCUCGUGAAGGACCGUGCCAAAUCAAUCCUUUCGCGCAUGGCAUCUCGUAACACGUCUGUAAACAGAUCCUCCCUUCUUGUGAGCAAUGCAGACGAUCUCCAGGUCCCUGAUGAAGGGACCUCGGGGGAGCCUCGCGUGAAAUUUGCAGACGAGGAGGAAGUGAAGAUCCUGACUCCACGCGAUCAAGUGGAAUUCUCCGUUAAUAACACCGGUCGACCUGCCUCACCUGUAUCAUCCGGUGCUUCAACUCCUGCUUCCGAUGUGUCGAUGACCCAUUCUCCUGUAUCGACGAUUGCAAAUCGCAUGUCGUUCUGGGGCCGUCUAUCGAAGCGCGCAUCGAGCACAUCCGAAGGAGCAGACGUAGGGGAGUCUCUCCUCGAUGAGCGAGAGUUGUUUGAUUCCAUAAUACACGAUGCUGAGGGAGUACCUGACAAGGUGAUCAGUUCCAUCAUAGCUGCAACUGCACCACCACCGGAUAGCUCAGAGGAGCGUAACUCUGAGCUCGAGGCACGCAUUAUACGCGGAUGUCUCAGAGAAUUCACGAAAGGCGACAUGUACUUCGCUCUACAUUUUGACAUCACAAGAUCUUUGCAACACAAACAUGAGCAAUUCACCAAGAUGCAUACUCAAAACAAGCUACUUUCGGAACUGGAUGCUCUUCCGAAAGAUACGAAUGUUAACCCACUAGACGACAAAGUGGACGCUCUUUUCGAGCCAUCUGUUAUAUUACCAUUGUGGAGACGGGUCGACCGUCAUUUUUGGUGGAAUGAAUGGUUAUCCAAGCCAUUUAUGGACGCUGGUCUUCACUCUUAUGUGACACCGAUAAUGCAGGGAUAUAUUCAGAUCUCCUCGUUUGAUCAACCCAAAGAUACCUCCGCCAUGCAAGAUGAUUCAGCGGAGCCCGUUGAUUACAUAGUUAUCUCGCGACGCUCCAGAGAUAGGGCCGGUUUGCGAUAUCAACGCAGGGGUGUGGACGACGAGGCUAAUGUAGCUAAUUUUGUGGAAACGGAAGUAAUCAUGAGAGUUCAGAGGAACGGAAUAAGCAACGUUUUUAGCCAUGUGCAAAUUCGAGGCUCAAUUCCGCUAUUUUGGACGCAAUCAGGUUACAGUAUGAAGCCACCUCCUGUCCUUGCACCCGAAAGAAGCCCUGCGCAGAAUUUGGACGCCAUCAAACGCCAUUUCCGUCGUGCUGUCCCUGUGUAUGGUCCACAUACCAUUGUUAAUCUUGCAGAACAACAUGGGAAGGAGGGAAUGAUUACAAAUGCGUAUCGUGAAUAUGCAACUAAAUUGGAUGUGAAGGAUGUUCGAUACUGCGAAUUCGAUUUCCACCGCGAAACGAGGGGACUGAAGUACGAAAACAUUUCCAAGCUCAUCAAUCAACUCGAACGUGUGUUUGAAAAACAAGGGUUCUUCUGGGUUUCGAACAACAUGCUCCUAUCAAAACAGAAGGGUGUAUUCAGGGUUAAUUGUAUUGAUUGUUUAGACCGCACUAACGUUGUCCAAUCUGCCUUUGCAAGGCAUGUGAUGAGCAUGCAGCUUGAGGCUGUAGGACUUCUGAGUCCUCCCCAAAGUGGAAAGUCGGGAGUGGAGGUUAUUUUUAAUGAUGUCUGGGCCAACAAUGGUGAUGCGAUCAGUCGCGCAUAUGCUGGUACAUCUGCCUUGAAGGGUGAUUUUACCAGGACUGGGAAGCGAGACUUGGGGGGUAUGCUCAACGAUGGUGUAAACUCCCUUGCUAGAAUGUACAGCGCGACCUUCAGCGACUGGUUUUGUCAAGCUAUCAUCGACUUUAUGCUUGGCUACAGGACUCUCUCUGUUUUCGAAGAAUUUCUCAUCAAGUUACAGUCGACUGAUCCUAGAGAACUCAUUCGUUUGUCAAGGAUCAGAGCAGAAGCUAUAGCAACUUCUGUCGCUCGCGUAUUAUCUGAAGGCGAAACUUUGAUAUCUGGGUGGACGAUCUUCAGCCCGGAGCAAUUGAAUGUCAAAUUCGACGAUCGAUUUGAGGAGAAAGUGUUACUCUUAAGUGCCCGCGCUCUGUACAUUGUCAGCUAUGACUACAGCUUGGAGAAGACCAAGAUGUAUAUCUGCGUCCCUUUGGAUGCGAUCGCACGACUCGAGAAAGGCGCUUAUAUCAUAUCUCCUCUGGAAGAGGCGAGCAGGGAUCCAGUGCAGAACGCUGGCUUUUCGAUUUACUGGCAUGCCAGCAAUAAAAUCAGCAUGCGCAUGACGAGUUAUUCAAUCAGAAACUGUCCGGAAGACGCCCUGACGAGGUCACCGCCAGCGGUAUCGGUCAAUAGUUCCACUCAGUACAAGCCGACGCUACCACGUCGCGAGCCAACGAAGACCGCCAACCUAUCAGGGAUAAUGUCUAAAGUUUCGGAGAACGCGGCUGGUGCGACCAACGUCUGUUCUGCAGCUUUCAAAGCCCUCCCAGUAGACCCUGCUCGAGUUAGAAGUGGAUCUAGCACUGGAUAUGCAGAGCCUGCAGAUGAUCUCGCGGGAGCGACUACUUGCAAGCAAGUCGUUGACAUGAUGGUAGACAGCAUUAAGCGAGCUUGUGAGGAUGCAGGAAAUUCUCCUGUUAUCAUGGAUCGCGAUGUAGUCAGUCUCACUGAAGCUCAAAAGAUGACCAGUAUCUAUGCUAAAAUGGAAUAUGGCGUCAAACGGUUAAUUUGGUUGGGAGGUUUGGUGUAGUAAGGCGAGGUUUUUAGUUUUAUGUAAUGAUUUACUUCGUGGGCUCUUCGCCUAUUAACACAAUGGCAACAGCCCUGAGACCGGUCUGCCGUCACUACAAAGCAAACCACUUGGUUCUUGUCCAAUGGGUCCAAGCCAUGUGGUGGACACUACCUACAAUAAGACCUUCAAUCCAAUAGCAACACAAUGACAAC